GGGAAGGAAUUGGAACUUGGGUCCUGUGUUUAGUGUUAUCUGGGACUUAACGAAAGGGACAACUUGAUUGAUUUGAAUCUUGUAUUUUAGAGUGAGUUUUUUUUUUUCUUCAUCUUUCUUUUUAAAUUUAAUGGCGCUUCAGUUGGGGUACUUAGAAAAUUUGUGAAAUGAAGGAAAUCAGAGAAUAUUGGUGCUUGGGUAUUGCUUGCUUUGGAAUUUUAUUGGGUAAAGCUGUUGCUUUUGAAAUGACACUAUUACUUGGAGUUGUUUGGGCUAAAGAUUUGAAACAAUCUCCUCGUCAUCUGUUCUUUAAUGCUCUGGAGGAAAUUGCAAGGACAAUGGGCUCAACAUACUGGAAGUUUAAUGCUGAUACUUGCGAAGUUGUAGUAGUUGGAAUAACACCAACGCCACCAAAGAAUGCAGAGCACAGCAUAGUUUGCAAAUGCAAUAAUGAAAACAAUACUGAUUGUCACGUCAUAAAGAUAGUGCUCAAGCGCUAUAAUCUUCCUGGGGUUCUGCCUCCUCAACUUGUUAAGCUUCCCUACCUCCAAGAAAUUGAUUUUGCUUACAACUACCUUAAUGGUUCUAUUCCACGUGAAUGGGCUUCAUUGCAGUUGACCUCAAUUUCUGUUCUUGUAAAUCGCUUGUCAGGAGAGAUUCCAAAGGAAUUGGGAAAUGUCACCACUCUCACGUAUCUGUGCCUUGAGGCAAACCAAUUUUCUGGUGCUAUCCCUUCUGAACUUGGGAAUUUAGUGAACUUGAAAACUUUGAUGCUGUCUUCCAAUCAAUUGACUGGAAACUUGCCAAUGACUUUUGCUGGGCUUUUUAAUCUAACAGAUUUGAGGAUAAAUGAUAACAACUUCAAUGGAACCAUUCCUAACUUCCUGCAGAACUGGAAAGGACUCACCAGAUUAGAAAUGCAUGCAAGCGGACUGGAUGGCCCCAUUCCUUCAAAUAUUUCCCUUUUGAAUAAUUUAGUUGAGUUGAGAAUUAGUGACUUAAGAGGUCCAAGCCAGGGUUUCCCUAACCUAAGCAACAUGACGGGCAUAAUAAGAUUGAUUUUGAGGAACUGUAACAUUUCUGGGGAGGUUCCUGCCUACAUCUGGAGGAUGAAGAGUUUGGAGGUGUUGGAUGUCAGCUUCAACAAAUUGGUUGGGAGAAUUCCAGAUUCCAUAAUGGCAAAGCGUCUGCGGUUUGUCUUCUUAACAGGCAACUUGCUAAGUGGAGAUGUGCCAGAUUCAAUCUUGAAGGAAGGAAGUAGUAUUGACUUGUCAUACAAUAACUUUACCUUACAACGCCCUGACCAACCUGCUUGUCGAGAGAACAUGAACCUCUUUUUGAACUUAUAUCGAAGUUCAAUGGUGGUGAAUAGCAUAGCACACCUUCCUUGCAGGAAGACUUUCAAAUGUCCUCAUUAUUCAAGUUGUUUACAUAUUAACAGUGGUGGAAAAGACACAAUUAUCAAGGAAAACAAAACAUCCACUUUAUAUGAAGGAGAUGUAGCAGUUGAAGGUGGUGCAGCAAAAUAUUUUUUAAAUGAUCAAAGCUACUGGGGAUUUAGUAGCACUGGCGACUUUAUGGAUGAUAAUGAUUUCCAAAAUACUCGUUAUACCAUGGCACUCCAUUCAUCAAACAUUUCUACACUGUACUCAACAGCACGCAGAUCACCACUUUCUCUUACGUAUUUCCAUUAUUGUUUACAAAAUGGGAAGUACAUGGUAAAAUUUCACUUUGAAGAGAUACAAUUCACUAAUGAUAAAACAUAUAACAGUCUGGGGAGGCGCAUGUUUGAUAUUUAUGUUCAGGAAAAGUUAGUAAGGAAGGAUUUCAACAUUGAAGAUGAGAUUGGUGGUGCCCUAAAGCCUUUAGUAAUAUCAGUACCUGAUGUAAAUGUGACCAAUAAUAUCUUGGAGAUCCGAUUUUAUUUUGCUGGCAAAGGAACAACAAGAAUUCCUGAUAGGGGAGUUUAUGGCACCAUCAUAUCAGCCAUCUCUGUAGCUUCUGAUCUGAAACUUUGUUCAAUUGGACAAAAGAAGGGAACUGUUCAUAUUGUUGUUGGAGUUGUGGGAGGAGCAUCAGGCCUUAUUUUCAUUGUACUGGGAAUUCUUUGGUGGAGAGGCUAUUUACCAGGAAAAUGGGGCAAAACUAAAGGUACUGAAGGACCUGAUUUGCCAACAGGGACCUUUUCAUUGAAACAAAUUAGAGCUGCUACUGAUGACUUUGAUUAUGCUAACAAGAUUGGAGAAGGUGGUUUUGGUUCUGUGUACAAGGGUCUGUUACCUGAUGGUACUGUGAUAGCGGUAAAACAGCUCUCCUCUAAAUCAAGGCAAGGGAAUCGUGAAUUUUUGAAUGAGAUUGGCAUGAUUUCUUGCUUGCAACACCCAAACCUUGUCAAGCUGCAUGGAUUUUGUGUCGAAGGGGACCAGCUAUUGCUGGUAUACGAGUAUAUGGAAAAUAAUAGCCUUGCCCGUGCUUUGUUUGAUGAAAAUAAUCAGCUUAAACUGGAUUGGCCUACAAGGCUUAAGAUCUGUAUUGGGAUAGCCAAGGGUCUAGCUUUUCUCCAUGAAGAAUCAAGACUUAAGAUUGUUCACAGAGACAUCAAAGCCACUAAUGUGCUGUUAGAUAAGGACUUAACCCCCAAAAUUUCAGACUUUGGGUUGGCUAGACUUGAUGAAGAGGAAAAAAGUCACAUCAGCACCCGGAUUGCUGGAACCAUAGGGUACAUGGCACCAGAAUACGCACUAUGGGGUUACCUGACUGACAAAGCAGAUGUUUACAGUUUUGGAGUUGUGUCUUUGGAAAUUGUUAGUGGGAAGAACAACAAUAAUUUUAUGCCAAGCAACCAUUGCGUUUGUCUCUUAGAUUGGGCAUGCCAUUUGCAACAGAGUGGAGAUCUGAUGAAGCUUGUUGAUGAGACACUGAAGUCAGAAGUCAACCAAGAAGAAGCAGAAACUACGGUUAAAAUAGCCCUUUUGUGCACAAAUGCAUCCCCUACAAAUAGACCGACCAUGUCCGAAGUUGUGAACAUGCUUGAAGGUCGAAUGGCUAUUCCUGACACAGUUCCAGAACCUAGUAGCUAUACUGAAGAUUUGAGGUUUAAGGCCAUGAGAGACCUGCGUCAACAUUCGCAAAGUCUGAGUGGUAGCCAACCCCUAAAUUCAACAACAGCGCAUACGUUGGGCUCUUCGUCGACAUCUGACCAUGAAUUGCAUGAGAUGAAACCAUGAUCAAAACCAUAAGAUGCAGCUAGGUGUUAGUGGGUGAGGGAAGAGCCAUUUUGUCCAGAUGCCAUAUUAAAGCUUUGGUGCUUUCCAAGUUUUAGCUCAGUGGGAUCAUUAACCAUAUGCAAUGGGAUGUCAACAUUUUGUACAAGUAUAUCUCUUUUAUCAACUUCAAUUUUGUAUGAAAUUGUAAAGUUAAUUUAUUCAAAAUGAAUCAGAUGAAUGUGCAUAGGCAUA